CAUCCCGUGGAGCCUUGAGAGAUGCACAGAUCAAUGGCUCGCAUUGAUGGUUUAUUAUCAAAUAGUCACCCCCAUGGAAUUUGCAAGGAUUAUCAAGAGGAAAAGCGCUGCUGAUUGGAAUUCCCCUCUCCUUCCUAACAAAACCCACAGUUUCAGAAAUAAAAGGAAGUGAAUGUUACUUCUCCGGGAAGUUUUCAGCAGAAGAGCUUAGAGCUGCCAGGAUCUUAUCCAAAAAUGUUAUCAGUGUACUCAGUGCACAGACAUUGCUUGCACUGUUUUGAGAUAUUUGAAGCUACCAUUCUGGAAAACCCCUUUCACUUUGACUCCGUUUCACAAUUUUUAUGCAAUUAAGCAACAACAGUUUCAAGAGGUGAAGAAAAACGGCCCUGAGGUGAACUUCAAGCUCUGGGUGCUGCUGCUGGCUUCAGCUCAGCUCUCUGUGUUGCUGGUACCUGAGCAGCCCGCGCCAUGCGUGAGUACAAGCUAGUGGUCCUUGGCUCAGGAGGUGUGGGCAAAUCUGCCUUGACUGUACAGUUUGUUCAGGGAAUUUUUGUUGAAAAAUAUGACCCAACAAUAGAAGAUUCAUACAGAAAGCAAGUGGAAGUAGAUUGUCAACAGUGUAUGCUUGAAAUCCUGGAUACAGCAGGGACAGAGCAAUUUACAGCAAUGAGGGAUCUCUAUAUGAAGAACGGCCAGGGGUUUGCACUAGUAUAUUCAAUAACAGCACAGUCCACGUUUAACGACCUACAGGACCUGCGGGAACAGAUCUUACGGGUGAAGGACACUGAAGAUGUUCCAAUGAUUCUGGUUGGCAAUAAAUGUGACCUGGAGGAAGAACGCGUAGUUGGCAAAGAGCAGGGUCAAAACUUAGCAAGACAGUGGUGUAACUGUGCCUUUCUAGAAUCGUCUGCAAAGUCUAAAAUCAACGUUAAUGAGAUCUUUUAUGACCUGGUCAGACAGAUAAAUAGAAAAACACCAGUGGAAAAGAAGAAGCCUAAAAAGAAAUCAUGCCUGCUGCUUUAGACUCCCGUGGCGCAGCAGCUCUGAGCCAGAUUGCAGGAAUGAAGAACUGUUGCCUAAAUGGAAAGUGCCAGCGUUCCCAACGUCACCACCUUACAGACAUUAGUGACAUAUCUGAAGGAGCUUCUCCUGUUUUUGUAUACGACGAGAAGAAUUUAGAUCUUAAAAUGGUUUGCACACAGUCCCUGGAAAAAGAAAUUGCUCUGUGUAUAUCUCUUGGAAAUUGAAGACAGUAGCAUUUCUCCUUUGCAAUAGCAGUUAACAGAUGUGAAAAAUAAAUAUAAUUGACUCUAGCCUAUGAUUAUACAAAGGAGCAUGGAUGCAUUUCAAAUGUUAGACAUGGCUACUAUAAUUAAAAUUUCAUAUUGACCCUUAUAUCGUAAUUUCUCCCCGUCCAGCACUAAAAAUGUUCCACCAUUAUAUUUUAUAUAUCUGUAACUAUAGAUAUAUAUUAUCUGAGAUUUCCCUUUGAACUCACUGCAGCAAAUAACUUUUUGAGUCAUUGACUUCAUUUUAUAUUUAAAAGUUACAGAAUAUCAUUAUUUUCAUUCUGCCAUUAUAUUCUAAUUAAAAAUGUUUGUGCAUAAUGCUUUGGAAAAAUGGGUCUUUUAUAGGAAAAAAAAAACCUGGGAUAACUGAUUUCUAUGGCUUUAAAAGCAAAUAUAUAUAAUAUACUAAACCAACUCUAAUAUUGCUUCUUGUGUUUUACUGUCACAGAUUAAAUUACAGCUUUUAUGAAUGAUUAAAUUUUAGUACAUUUUCA